AUGGCAUUGUCGCAGUGGAAGGAAGCUAUUCUGGAAGGGAUUUUCAUGGAGAUUGAGGACGGAGUUGUGGAGGAGAAGAAUCUCGAGCGGCUGGAGAAUCUAGUGGAGAUUCUGCACAGAGAAGGUUCUAAAGUGCCCGAAUCAGUGAAGGAAGCAUACUGUAAAGUUGCUGUGGAAUGCACAGCGAAGUGCCUCGCAAGCGAGAGAGACGAAAGAGAGGCUUAUACUGAAGCAAUCAGAUCGAUAUGGCUCCGUAGGGUUAUGCCUCUAUGCGAUAAGGUUAGUUGUUUGGUUACUCGUGACCUCUUGAGUAGCUGUCGAAGAUUAUGGACGGCCCACAAUGACGAAAAGGCUUGUGAGGCUCUGAUGGAUGAGAACACGAGAGAAAAAGCUUUGCUUUCUUUGAGGAAGGUCGUUACAGAGCUGCAUCCCAACCAUGGUUAUGCCAACGGUGAUAGAAAUGAGUACAUGGAUGAAUCGGUAGAGGUUGAAUCUAGCGAGGAAAGUGGAGAGACAGAGCCGAUGGUCGAAUCAAGAGCGUUAGAGGUCAAUCAAAACUCUAAGGCCUCUGAAGAUGUGGAGGAAGACAAAGAGAGCCUCUCAGGUACUGAACAGGGAAGACGAUCUGGUGAGUCGGAAGCUGAAUCUCCGCCCCGUAAAAUCAAGACCAUAUCCUCUGCAGUUGUUGACAGAGCGCUCAGAAAGCUUAGAGCUUCUAAAAUGGAUCUGGUGAAUGCUUUACAAAGAGGAGGACCUUCAAACUUAAACAAUACGUCGAUUACAGAACAAGAAGAUGAUGCUGCUAAUCCUUCUGCAACAGACACUGCACCGAGUCCUAGCUUGAUGCAGCGAAGAGCCACAGCACAGACUUUUGAGUGGGAAGACUCCAUUGAUGAAUCAGAUGGAGAAAUGAGCGAAGAUGGUGAAAAGAGUAGUAAAUCAAAACGUAAACGAAUUGUCGUGUCUCCUUUGAAAAGAAACCAAGGUGGUAGAAGGGCGAAAGUUCCUUGGACUAGUGCAGAAACGCUGGCCGUACUGAAAGGCUAUGAAAAGUAUGGUGCAAACUGGAAGCGGAUCAAAGAUGAGUGUCCAAUUCUAGGGCGCAGAACUAAUGGUGAUAUUAAAGAUAAAUUUCGAGUUGAGAUGAGGCGAAAAGAGCGCAAUCCUUGA